AUGCAGCUUAAAGUAUGACAGAAGACGUAGAAUACCGUUGUUUUAUUGGUAACCUGUCAUGGUCAACAUCAGAUAGGGUCCUAAAGGAUGCUUUUGAGAAGUUUGGAAAUCUUAUUGAGGCUAAGGUCGCUGUUGACAAGAUUUCUGGCCGUUCUCGUGGAUUUGGAUUUGUCUCUUUUGAUGAGAAAGCGGCCAUGGAAGAAGCUAUUGAAGAAAUGAAUGGAAUGGAUUUGGAUGGGAGGAAUAUAACUGUUGAUAGAGCUAAGCCUCAGCAAGGGUCAGGAAGAGAUUAUGAUGGUGACCGUAACCAUAACCGUGAUCGUGGACGUGAUCGUGACCAUGACCGUAGCCGGGGUUAUGAUGGUGGGCGUGGAUCUAAUGGUGGGGAGUGUUUUAAGUGCGGGAAGCCAGGGCAUUUUGCUAGGGAGUGUCCGAGUGAUGGGGCUAGGGGUGGCAAGUAUGGUGGUAGGGAUGAUCGUUAUGGUGGUGGUAGUCGUUAUGGUCCUGAUCGGAAUGGAGAUCGAUUUGGUGGGCGCAGCAGGGAUGCAGGCAGUCGUGGGGGGUCUGGAAGUGAUAGGUACGGUCGUGAUCGUUCUGGACCAUAUGAUCGUCGUGGAACUGGAGCUCCUCGUUCUGGUUAAGCUGCUUGUGCUGAUGAACCAGGAUGCUUGGGCCGUUUUUGAUUUUUAUGGAUACUUUAUUGGGUUACUUUGUUGCUAAUUGGACAUGGUUUUAUAAACUUUAAAAUUGGGAUUGUUUUUGGGCGCAACAAGGCAUCUGCAUAGCAGUUGAAUGUUAGCACACCCUAUGCGCGCUGAUGAAAGAGUUCCAUGUCUCUCUAAAACACAUCAGCAACUGCUGCUAUUUGUUCCCUUGUGUCUAUACCUCUGUUUGGGGUUAAGGUUCCCAUUUUUGCCCAGUUUUUCUACCAGGCUCUAGGGACUUGAUCUUUUUGGCCAAGUUGGGAAAAGUGGUUGAUAUAUAGUUCUUUUGGCUCAGAUCGUGCUUUUCAAAUCCUAUUCGGUUGCUAGAGUCAAACUCUUCAAUUUGAGGUUUGGUUUAACACUGGCUGUGCUAUCUUAUUUUCUUAGCCCUAUAUGCCCUGAAAGGAAGCUGCUCCUUGGUUCCUCAGUCCUAAAAUUGUUGGAAUGCAUGAUGAGAUAUUUUCUUGGUUUUCCUGCAUAUAUGAAUUGUUUGUUGAGUUUAUGGUCUCAACAUCAUCAUCAUAAUGCCU